CGUCCGCCUCGCCCAAUGGGAGCGGAGCGGCGGGGCGGGCCGGCCAAUAGGGGCCGAGGGGGGCGGGCCGGCGGCGGGCGGAGCGGCCGUGGCGGCGGCGGGCAGGCUAAACACCCCCAACGCUCUCAGCCUGUCCCCACAGCAGAGGGGCUCCAGCCCUCGGAUCAUCUUCAUGGCCCUCCGCUGGACCCGCUCCAACAGGUCCAUGUCCUUCGUGUGCUGAGGGCUCCGGAGCUGGACACAGCACUCCAGGGAGCGUCCGUCCUCGCUGCGCCGGUGCGGCUGGUGCCGGGCGGGCAUCUGCUGCGGAACGCGGAGCAUCCCACCUGCAUCUCCCCGGAGAAGGCCUUGUGCGGGCCUCCGUCUCCCCGUGGAGAGCCAGCGGCGCGCCGGGCUCCAGGCUGCUGCGGCAAGAUGUCGGUGACGUUCGAGGACGUGGCCAUCUACUUCUGCCCCGAGGAGUGGGCCGAGCUGGCGGGCUGGCAGCGGCGGCUCUACCGGGAGGUGAUGCUGGAGAACUACCAGGCGGUGGCCUGGCUGGGCUGGUGCGCCGUCAAGCCGGAGAUCAUCUGCAAGAUGGAGCGAGAAGAGACGCCGUGUGUGCCAGAGUGCCCUGGGGCGCGGCGGAGGCACCGCAGCCCUGAGCCAGCAGACGGUGACGUCCCGAUGCGGAGGGAGGAUGGGGAGGUCCCCGGGGGGCUGCCAGACCAUGAGCGGGGUGGAAGACAGUCCGGGGGCCUCCCAGCCAAGGUACUGCCAACUCGGGCCCCCCGCACCCCUCUGGCCAGCAAGAGCCCCCACGCCUGCACCAAGUGUGGGAAGAGCUUCGGCAAGAUCCAGGACCUGAAGAAGCACCAGCAGACGCACACGGGUGCACGGCCCUUCUCCUGCUGGCAGUGCGGCCGCCGCUUUCGGCUGAAGCAGUUCCUGGUGUCCCACCAGAAGGUGCACAGCGGGAAGAAGCCCUUUGGCUGCACGGAAUGCGGCAAGCGCUAUGCUCAGAAGCGUGACCUGCUGAGCCACCAGCGAGUGCACUCUGGCGAGAAGCCCUUUGCCUGUGGCUGCUGUGGCCGCUGUUUUAUCCACAAGAACAGCCUGGUCCGCCACCAGCGGGUCCACAUGGGGGAUGACCCAUUGCCCUGCAACAGCUGCCCCAAGGCCUUCGGGUAUGAACAGAGCCACACCAAACAGCUGUGGGUCCACAGCGGGGAGCGCCCGUUCGCCUGCGCCCACUGCCCCAAGGCCUUCAAGGACAAGAAGACCCUCACCAACCACCAGCAUGUCCACACCGGGGAGCGUCGCUUCACCUGCGCCCACUGCCCCAAGGCCUUCAGGGACCGGUCAGCCCUCACCGUCCACCAGCGGCUCCACACCGGGGAGCGCCCCUUCGCCUGCAUCCGCUGCCCCAAGGCCUUCAGGGACCGGUCGGGCCUCACCGUCCACCAACGCGUCCACACUGAGGAGCGCCCCUUUGCCUGCGACAGCUGCCCCAAGACAUUCAAGGAGAAACAGAAGCUCACCGUCCACCAGCGUGUCCACACUGGGGAGCUCCCGUUCACCUGCCCCCACUGCCCCAAGGCCUACACGGGCAAACAGGCGCUCACCAGACACCAGCGAGUUCACACCGGGGAGCUCCCCUUUCCCUGCAACAGCUGCCCCAAGGCCUUCAGGGAGCAGUCGACCCUCAGCGCCCACAAGCAGAUCCACACCGGCGAGCGCCCUUUCGCCUGUGCCCAGUGUCCCAAGGCCUUCACUCUGAAGAAUUCCCUCACCAGGCACCAGCAGGUCCACACCACAGCGCGCCCGUUCGCGUGCAGCAGCUGCUCGAAGACCUUCAAGUACAAGCAGUCCCUCACCGUCCACGAGCGGGUCCACACUGGGGAGCUCCCCUUUGCCUGCGACCGUUGCCCCAAGGCCUUCAGGCAGAAGAGGGUCCUCACCAAACACCAGCGAGUCCACACCGGGGAGCGCCCCUUCGCCUGCACCCGCUGCCCCAAGGCCUUCAGGGACAUGUCAGCCCUCACCAAACACCAGCGGGUCCACGCCGGCGAGAAGCCCUGAAAGCGCAGCGGGUGCGGUAAGGCUUACAGAGAGAAGCAAAGCCUUUGUCGCCACCAGCGCGUGCACCGGGGCUCCCCGGCGGUGCCUGACGGCAGCCUGCAGAACGGGGGAGGUCCGUCCCCAUGGAGGGGGCAGGCGGAGGCCAAGCCCUCCCAGUGAUGCAGGUGGGAGAAGCAGUGUUGGAAGCAGGGGGUCGUGCUGGCUGACCAGCACACCCACGGGAGCCCCAGCCCACAACCCAGCGCCCGCCGCGUCUGCUGCUGAGGGGCCUGCGGCUCGCCCUGGAUCGCCGUCCCUCGCCGUGGGAGCUGUGGGUCCCCUCAUCCCUCCUUGCCGGGGAGUUUCUGCCACCUCCGCCUUGUCCUGGCACCCAGCCGCCUGCCGGCCAGGCCGCCCGUGACCACGGGCCUUCCCGGGAGCGGGUGCAGACGGAGGGUGAGCGCUGGGUGGCCAAAAGGCAUCGCCCCCACCCCGGGUUCAGCGGCUGCCGUUUGCAGGAGGGUGUGCGGGAAGGAAGGGCUUCGGGCUGCGUUUGUCCUGAGGAGGAAAGCGGUGCCCGGGAGCUUGCCUGCUGCGGGGAGCAGAGACCGGCGCGGAGCAUCACGCGUGUUUGAGGACCCGUGUAGCCACGGCUGGGAGCCAGCUCCGUCAGACACCGGCGGUGGCCUCGAUGAAGUAAAAAGCAUCGUGUCUGUGUAAGCGGUGGCUUCAAGCGGUUCCUUGAAGCAGUGUCCGCACCUUUAUAAAAGCUUUUGGGAAGGACCACGCAAGUGGUGUGGGCCGUGCAAGAAUCAGAAGAAAAAGGCAAAACUUGUGGCUUGAGAUAAAGAGAGUCUAACAGAACAGCAAAGGAAAAAGGAAAGCACCAACAAUAAUACCGAUAGAGGAAUAUAAAACCCGUGAUUGACACACAGCUGCUCACCAACGGAACCCAGCCUGUCCCCCAGCGGCGAUUCCUGCCCGCCUGCCCUGCUAUUGAAUACCUGUUUGGCUGGAGUGGGUCAGCCGACCUGGCUGUGACCCUCUAAUUCCAGGCUACUGGCCCCAUUAUCCCGGCAUCGGAGCAGCCAGGGGACAACGUGCUUGCCUGGAUAGUGGCUGAAAUCUUUUUGCGUAUCUCGCAGCUCGCUCAGGGAGAGGGAUCGGGUGAUUAUCUCUGGUUCUACCUCUUCCUCCUGUUCUUACAACGGCCCUGGUUUGUGUCAUCUCUUACGAAGAGAACUGAAGCCCGUUCAAGAGACACAGCAGCAGGAUCAUGCAGGCACCUGAGCAUAAAUAAAAUUCUUAAAAGCUGCCGUGCCUGGCCAGAAGGAAAAAAGGCAGGCAGAAGAUCUGGGGAAAGUAUCCUCCGUUGUUUCCCACCUGGACUGGGUGCGAUUAUUAAUAAAUUCCGAGAGGUGGCACCCGAGGAACGGGCAGGACAGCAAUGCCACAUGCACGUACCAACCGAACCUCACAAACAGUGCUGUUAUCAUAAGUCGACGUUACACAGGACAGCAAAAUGAGGAUCCCGAUCCCUCUCCCAGAGGUGCUCAACAGCACUGCCAGGAAUACACAGAGCACGUAAGAAUUCACGGAACGCAACCAUGGGGACAAACAAAGCAACGUUGUGACCAGUGGCUAUUUAACUAAUAUAAUAAAUGCGUAUAACGAAUUUGUU